AAACCUACGAGAGUCGUAAAGUAAAUUAAAUUUUUAUUUACGACCUCCAAAUCUUCAGGGCGAUGGCUAAAUCGAGCCAAGUAAUAAAAUAGCAGUAAAAGAAAUGAUUCACAUCAUAUUUAUAAUAGAAGUUUGCUUGAACACAAUGAAUUAAUUUGAAUAGUUUUUUGAUAUGAAGGCUUCAAUUAUUGUUACCGUCGUGGUUGUCAUCACUACACAAUCUACAUAUAUAGGAUCCGCGCCAUACAAGCCAAGAAUACAAAUAUAUGAAAUCCACGAAAAUCCCAAAUGGAAAGAUAAUUCUAAUCCAAACCACAAGACCAGAAUAAUUCCAUCUACGCUUAUACCGGGAUUGAAUUUGGACAACAUUGACAAACCAAAGAUUUUAAUCUUUCCAAUACACAAAAAUCAAAAUCAAAUACUCAAGGAAAUUAUUAGAAAAAUAAUGAAAGAUAAAAAUGAAAAAAGUGAUACAAAUAACAGUUAUGAAAUUAGGAAGAUGAUAUUGAAUAAGUAUGAAGGUGAUACCAGUGAUAGUGACGAUGAUGAUGAUUCUGGAAGAUAUAAAGAGAAAUAUAAUAGUGAUACCAGUGAUGGUGAUGAUGAUGUUGGUGAUGGUGAUAAUGAUGUUGGUGAUGGUAAUGAGGAUGUUGGUCUCGGUGAUGAUACUGUUAGCGAUGGUGAUGGUAAUGCUAGUGAAGAUUCAAACGAUUUUGUAGAUGAAACACGUUCGAGGUCAAGACUGAGAAAAGGAAAAGAAGAAAAGCUUCGUACGUCACGGACGAGUAAUAACGAAGUACUGUUUUUUGUGUGA